GGAAGCGGCUGGUGCGGGGCAGCGCCCGCAGCUAUUUCGCAAGGCCGGAGAGUCCCGGGGCAGCCGGAGCCACAAGCGGCGAGGGCGGGUCCCUCCUGCCCGUCCUUGAGGCUCGAAGGACCCGCCCCUUUCUCCCCGCGGUGCCCCUGGGCCCGGCCGGUUUCGGUUCUGCGCAGGUCGGGUGCUCCCGCCGCUCGCCCCUUUCCGGGACCACAGGACGUGGCCCCCGGACGGGACAUGGCUGGGCCGGGGCAUCGCUCCGCGAGGAAGCCGCUGCUGGUGAAAAUAGUGAUGGCCGGGGAGUCCUGCGUGGGGAAAACCUCCAUCGUGAGGAGGUACACGGAGCCCAGCCCGGCCGGGCCGCCCCGCGCCGCCUCCUACAUCGCCACCGUCGGCAUUGAUUUUAAAGUAAAAACAAUAACAUUUAAUGAUACAACAGUGAAACUUCAAAUAUGGGAUACUGCUGGUCAGGAACAAUUCCAUACAAUUAGUACUAGUUAUUUUCGUGGCGCACGUGGCUUUAUUCUGGUGUAUGACAUAACAAACUCAGACAGUUUUCAAGGUAUAACAAGCUGGAUGAAAGAUAUACACGAGAAAGCAGAUGACGAGGUGGAUAUAGUACUGUUGGGUAACAAGUGUGAUAAGGAGACUGAACGUGUAAUUCCAAAGCAUAGAGGAGAAAAGGACUUCCCGCUGUUGAGGUGGAAGGAAGUUAGAUUCUCUCUUCUUCUGCCCUCCAUGGACCAACUGUUUGCAGCUCUUCUUCUUCUAUGAGCUACACCUCCCUUUGGGGAGAGGCUGCCCUGGCAACUUGAAGUAGGCACUGGCUUUGCUGCAGGUGAUGGGAAUGGCUGGGAGCCUGCAGGGACCCUAGCACUUGUAUUAUAAAACUUAGGAGCAUGGUUAUAGAAGAGGACUGUAAAUAGUUGAUGAUUUUAAAGAAAAACUAUGGUUCUGUAACUGGUUUAUAUGUUGAAGGGUUGCUCCCCGAUGGAAAAUGCUAAAAACUUGUGUUUUAAAAAAAAGAAAGCUGUAAUCACUUGAAAAACUCCAGCUCCCUGAGCCAAGUGGGGGUGUCGGGCUCCCAGGCCCACAAAAUUACUAUUAUAUUUUUAUCACAUCACAGUUCUCAAAUUGGUUGUAGCAUGCCAAGACCCAUAUGCGCAGCACAACCCUUAAAAGACCACCACUGGCAGCGCAUGUUACGGACUCUUAAAAAUGCUCCUCUGGAUUUCAGGCCAUGCCUGAUGCAACAAAAGAUUCUGUUCAGAAUGUUUUGGGAGUCACAGAAGUUGUGCAAGUUGUGGAGGCCUUGUCCUUUGAUAUUUGUUGGCACUGUAAUAAAGAAGGAGGAAACCUGAUGCAUAUUCUAUGGGACUAUCCAUCAGUCAGGCAGCUAUGGAAAAAGGUAUGCACAUGAGUGAGAAUAGUGCUUGGCCUCAGCAAUCAAACCUGAGCUGAAAAUUAUUUCCUAGGUUAUGUAUCUCCUGCGCUGGAUUUAACUCCACCACAAAGACUUUGGUUCUUGAGGGCCACAAUAAUUACCAAGUGCAUUAAUUUUAAAAAAGGGAGGAGUAGGGUUAUGCCCAGAAUAAAGCAGUAAUAUUGAGACCUGUCUGAGUUAGCAGCAAAAGAAAGGAUAGGUUUUCAAUGUAGAGAGCAGUUAUAUGAAUUUGAAGAAAUUUGGACCCCAUUUCUUGAUACAUUUGGAUGAAGAAUGCUGAGAUAGCUCAAAUAAUUCCAGACUUCCAUUCCACCUGACCUCUCCACUUUUACCCUCUCAAUGGCUGCCACUUCCCCCAUACCCAGCUUCCCUUUUUCCUAUUUGUAUCUUUUUUAUUAUUAUUGUUACCUCCACCCUAACAUGUUAUGCCUGUGUAAUAUUGUCUGAUUGUGUUUUGUCUGGUUUUGUAGCUUUGACAAGUUGUAAAGCUGCAUAAUUGUAAAAUUGUAUUGUAUAGCCUGUGAAUUGUGCUAUAUUUGUUAACAUAAAAGCUGUAAGUCAUUUA